CAAUUGUAGUAGUGAAAAGACGUCUAAGCAUAUUAAAUAUAUUUACACUUUGAAGACAAAUGCAUAUCUCAUUAUUGACUAUUCAUCAGAUAAGAAGCCAAGAGAGUACUCACUGAGACAUGAGUGGUGAUGAUUUGAGAAUGGAGCUUGCAGAGAUUGGAAAAAGCAUGGGGUCGAGUUUCAGGAGCAGCUCCUCAAGAAACGAGGAUGAGGCAGAGCAUGCUCUGCAGUGGGCUGAGAUCCAAAGAUUACCUAGUUUCAAACAACUGAGAUCAUCUCUGGUCGAUGAAGAAGGGGAUGAUGUGGAGAAAGGGAAAAGGGUCGUUGAUGUCACCAAGCUUGGAGCCAUGGAACGUCGUCUGAUGAUUGAGAAGCUGAUCAAACACAUUGAGAAUGACAAUCUCAAGCUGCUCAAGAAAAUUAGAAGAAGAAUAGACAGGGUUGGUGUGGAGCUUCCAAGCAUAGAGGUGAGGUAUAAGCAUCUAAGUGUUGAAGCAGAAUGUGAGGUCGUUGAAGGGAAGGCGCUUCCAACUUUAUGGAAUUCUUUGAAGCACAUUUUCUUAGAGUUGGUAAAGCUGAGUGGUGUAAGAACACAUGAAGCCAAGAUAAGCAUACUUAACGAUGUUAGCGGCAACAUUAACCCUGGAAGGUUAACACUGCUGCUUGGUCCUCCUGGAUGUGGAAAAACUACUCUGCUCAAGGCUUUGUCCGGAAACUUGGACAAGAAUCUAAAGAUUUCUGGUGAAAUCUCUUACAAUGGACACGGUCUAAACGAGUUUGUUCCUCAGAAGACAUCCGCUUACAUAAGCCAACACGAUCUGCACAUUGCGGAGAUGACUGUUAGGGAGACAAUAGACUUCUCAGCUCGUUGUCAAGGUGUUGGUAGUCGAACAGAUAUUAUGAUGGAGGUCAGUAAAAGAGAAAAGGAUGGUGGAAUCAUUCCUGACCCUGACGUAGAUGCUUACAUGAAGGCUAUAUCGGUUAAUGGACUUAAAAGAAGUCUACAAACAGAUUACAUCUUGAAGAUCCUAGGGCUUGACAUAUGUGCAGAAACAUUGGUUGGUAAUGCCAUGAAAAGAGGCAUAUCUGGUGGUCAAAAGAAGCGUCUUACUACAGGAGAGAUGAUCGUUGGUCCAACAAAAGCUCUGUUUAUGGAUGAAAUCACAAACGGCUUAGACAGCUCCACAGCGUUUCAGAUAGUUAAGUCACUUCAGCAGCUGGCUCACAUCACCGACGCAACUGUGUUUGUUUCCCUUCUUCAGCCUGCUCCAGAGUCAUAUGAUCUCUUUGACGAUAUUGUCUUGAUGGCUGAAGGAAAAAUAGUUUAUCAUGGUCCAAGAGGCGAGGUCUUGAGGUUCUUUGAAGAGUGUGGGUUUAGAUGCCCAGAGAGGAAAGGUGUUGCAGACUUUCUACAAGAGGUUAUAUCUAGGAAGGACCAAGGACAGUACUGGCUGCACCAGGACAUACCCUAUACCUUUCUCUCAGUAGACGCGUUGUCCAGGAGAUUCAAGGAGUUAGAGAUUGGGAGAAAGAUUGAGGAUGCUCUCUCUAAGCCCUAUGAUAAUUCAAAAACCCACAAGGAUGCUCUCUCUUUCAGUGACUAUUCUCUUCCAAAGUGGGAGCUGUUCAGAGCAUGCAUCUCAAGAGAGUUUCUAUUAAUGAAGAGAAACUCUUUCGUCUACCUCUUCAAGACGUUUCAGGUUACAUUCUUCGUUCCUUGUGUCUUCUUUCAAUGUUCUAGGGUUAGGUCUAAAGAAACCCUUCUUGCCCUUUAUGUUUUGCAGCUUGUUCUGUCAGCAAUCCUCACUAUGACAGUUUUUAUUAGAACACGUAUGGGUGUAGAUAUCAUUCAUGGAAACUCUUACAUGAGUUGUCUCUUUUUCGCAACCGUUGUGCUUUUGGUGGAUGGUUUGCCAGAGCUGUCUAUGACUGUUCAACGUCUUGCCGUGUUCUACAAGCAAAAGCAACUUUGUUUCUAUCCAGCUUGGGCUUAUGCAAUCCCUGCAACCGUGUUAAAGAUCCCUCUCUCUUUCUUCGAAUCUCUCGUUUGGACUUGCCUUACUUACUACGUCAUUGGAUACACUCCUGAAGUCUCUAGGUUCUUACGUCAGUUCAUGAUGCUCUUUGCUGUUCACUUCACAUCCAUAUCCAUAUUCCGAUGUAUAGCUGCAAUCUUUCAGACAGGAGUUGCUUCAAUGGCAGCUGGUAGUUUCGCCGUAUUAAUCACCUUUGUGUUCGCCGGUUUCGCCAUCCCAUACACUGAUAUGCCAGGGUGGCUGAAAUGGGGAUUCUGGGUGAAUCCUAUAGGUUACGCAGAGAUUGGGCUCUCUGUAAACGAGUUUCUUGCUCCGAGAUGGCAGCAAAUGCAACCAACGAAUGUUACAUUGGGGAGAACCAUACUUGAAAGCAGAGGACUGAACUAUGAUGAUUACAUGUACUGGGUCUCAUUAUGUGCCUUGCUGGGACAGACUCUCCUCUUCAAUACUAUUUUCACUCUAGCUUUGAGUUUCUUGAAAUCUCCCACUACAUCUCGCGCUAUGAUCUCCAAAGACAAGCUCUCUGAGCUGCAAGGAACAAAAGAUUCAUCACUCAAUAAGAACAAGAAGGCAAUAGAUUACACAGAAGAUUCAGCAGGGAAGAUGGCCUUACCUUUUAAGCCUCUCACCAUAACAUUUCAAGAUUUGAACUACUACGUUGACGUUCCUGCGGAGAUGAGAGUUCAAGGAUACAAUGAGAAGAAACUGCAGCUUCUCUCAGAUAUCACCGGAGCUUUCAGACCAGGCGUUCUAACAGCGUUGAUGGGGAUCAGUGGAGCCGGAAAAACAACUCUACUCGACGUUCUCGCCGGAAGAAAAACAAGCGGAUACAUCGAAGGAGAGAUCAGAAUCAACGGAUACUUUAAAGUCCAAAAAACCUUCGCAAGAGUCUCAGGCUACUGCGAGCAAACAGAUAUACACUCACCAAACAUCACCGUCGAGGAGUCUCUAAUCUACUCCGCUUGGCUCCGUCUAGUUCCAGAAAUAGAUCACAAAACCAAAAUAAGAUUCGUGAAGGAAGUUCUUGAGACGAUAGAGCUGGAGGAGAUCAAGGACGCCAUGGUGGGAGUCCCCGGCCAGAGCGGGCUGUCGACGGAGCAGAGGAAGAGGUUGACGGUGGCGGUGGAGUUGGUGGCGAAUCCUUCGAUCAUCUUCAUGGACGAGCCAACGACGGGGCUGGACGCAAGAGCAGCUGCCAUUGUGAUGAGAGCUGUGAAGAACGUCGCGGAGACUGGACGUACCAUUGUGUGCACUAUUCAUCAGCCUAGCAUCGACAUUUUUGAAGCCUUCGACGAGUUGGUACUUCUGAAGAGAGGAGGUAGCAUGAUUUACACUGGACCACUUGGACAACAUUCUUCUCAUGUCAUACAGUAUUUUGAGAGUAUCCCUGGAGUUGCUAAGAUUAAAGACAACUACAAUCCAGCAACAUGGAUGCUAGAGGUCACUUCACAGUCUGUAGAGAUUGAACUCAACAUGGAUUUUGCAAAAAUCUACAAAGAAUCAGCACUCUACAAGAGCAACUAUGAACUUAAUCAACAGCUGAGCAAACCGGAUCCCGGGUCAAGCGAUUUGCACUUCGAGAGAACUUUUGCGCAGAGCUGGUGGGAACAGUUCAAGUCUUGUCUCUGGAAGAUGAGCUUGUCUUACUGGAGAAGCCCUGCUUACAACUUGAUGCGAAUCUGUCACACUUUGGUCUCUUCUUUGAUCUUUGGUCUACUCUUCUGGAAGCAAGGCCAAAAGAUAGAUACUCAACAGAACUUGUUCACAGUUCUAGGAGCCAUAUAUGGCCUUGUGAUCUUCUUGGGGGUAAACAACUGCACUUCAGCGUUACAGUAUUUUGAGACAGAGCGUAAUGUUAUGUACCGUGAAAGAUUCGCUGGAAUGUACUCUGCCUUUGCCUUUGCAAUGGCUCAGGUUGUGACCGAGAUUCCUUACAUUUUAAUUCAAAGCGCAGAGUUUGUGAUCAUAAUAUAUCCAAUGAUGGGUUUAUACGGGUCUGCCUACAAAGUCUUUUGGAGUCUCUACUCAAUGUUCUGCAACUUACUCUCCUUCAACUACUUAGCGUUGUUCCUCAUCUCCAUCACUCCAAACUUCAUGCUCGCAGCUAUUCUCCAGUCUCUUUUCUUCGUUGCUUUCAACCUUUUUGCUGGAUUCUUGAUUCCACUACCGCAAAUACCAAAGUGGUGGGUCUGGCUUUACUAUCUAAUACCUCCCUCUUGGAGUCUCAAUGUGUUUUUCUCGUCUCAAUACGGUGAUAUUCAUCGAGAGAUCAAUGCAUUUGGAGAAACCACGACCGUUGCGAGAUUCUUAGAGGACUACUUUGGAUUCCAUCAUGAUCGUUUGAUGACUUCAGCAAUUGUUCUCAUCGCGUUUCCAGUUGCAUUGGCCUCUAUGUUUGCUUUCUUUGUUGCCAAACUCAACUUUCAGAAGCGAUGAUCGAGUAAUCACACACCGACCAAAGGUCUAUAAGCACCAAAUGGUAGUUUACAAAAUAUAUGUACGGACAUGCAUGUAUUCUUUGGCACACACUUUGUAACACUAAACAAAUGCAAGCUUUAUUCAUAAAUUUUU